UGGUGGUGUCAGUGUAAUCAGCGGGACGUCACAGGGGCGGCGCUUCGCUAGGUAAUAAGGGAAUUUUCCAUCAGCGGCGCGAGGUUGCGAGACUGUUGUUGUUGGUGUCGGGGGCACAGGGAGGGAGGAGAGUGACCGGCACUUGAUGAACUACGCAGCGCCCCUUACUUCACCCACCUCCACUGAUGGCUUCAUCGUGUCACUGAAUUUCGUCCACAAUUAAUGAAUAAUUUCACUGACCGAAAUGGAAGGUGGAACGGGCCCACAGAAACCGUAGCUUAUCAGUCACUCGAGAUUACGGUUCUGGUUACAUCUGGUGUGAAAUGGAACGUAGAUUUCCAUGGCGGAAAGAAUCUCAUGAGGGCCAGCCAUUCAUUCGUUGAGACUACACCUAGAGGGCAUUACGCUCGGCUCUGUCAGCUCACGCCCGUAAGGCGGCGCUGAGGUGAAGAAAGGGGAAAGGUGUCGAUUGAAACCCUGAAGAUGAAGCCAGGCUUCCUGCGCCCCGAGGGAGGCGAAGGCAUGAAACGACCCACCUGUUACGUGUGUGGCUGUCCACGAUGCGGGGAGUAUCCCCUGGCGGUGAGGCAGCAGGCCACGGGGCCGUACUUCCCCUUCCUCGAAACACACGAACCUCCCGAUGGAUCUGAGCCGCCCUCGUCUGACGGCCGCAUACUCUCCUGUUUCCUUUGUUAUUCGUACCUGACGCAGCAGUGGCAGCUGUACGAGCGGGAGAAGGUGCCUCCUGUCAAGCGCAUCUACUGGCUCAAGCGGGUGGACAACGGGCCCUACACCGGGGUGGAGGUGGGCGUGCAGAGUGAGUACGCCUCUCAGCUUCUAGGUUUAGCACCGGACCCCCCAGCCCAGCCCUCUGAGGUUAGAAGAGCUGGAUCCAGUGCUGGGGUUGCUAGGUCACAACCUCAGCCUCCACCACCACCGCCAUCACUGCCGCCGCCACCUCCCCCUGCCACCAUAACCCAGCCAAGUCCAGCCGUGCCCAUGGAGGUGAAAAGACCCAGAGUGAAUCCUCCUCAGCCUCAGCCUCCAAGCCUACCGCUUCCACCCCCGGGGGUGUUGCCACUGCCCUAUGGGCUGGCCGUGCCGCAAGCCAGCACGCAACAGGAGGCCCUGGACCUGUCCUUGGACGGCCGCCGUGGGAUCAAGCGUGAAAGGGAGGAGGAAUUACCACCACGAGACCCGCGGGACCCGAGCAUCGUGGCCCCCAGGACAGAGGUGCUAGACUUACGCAUGCCGGACAAAAACGCCACCACUGAGGUCUGCUAUGUGUGUGGGGACCACUACAAGAAGGGCACGUUGGUCGAUAUUUAUGCCAAACAGCAGAAUGAAAAUUGCCCUUUUUUUCCCAGCCUGAUGCUGCAUCCUCGCCCUAGUAAGUCACAUCCUAUGGAAGCCUCAGGGCGAGUGCAGGGGUGUCGGGACUGUUUCAAACACAUGCAGAUGCAGUGGGACACUUAUGAAACUCGUAAAAUUCCUCACGCCGAAAGGUUUUAUUCUCUUCGUAAGAAAGCGUCAACUAUUGUUGAUGACUCUACAGCCUUUGUGUGUUACAAGUGUGGGCGGGAGUAUCCUUCAAGCUCCCUGUGUUUGGUAUACUGCAGACCCAAUGCUGAUAAAGAUCCUUUCUAUCCCUUUAUUGAAAAGCUGAGUCCUCCAGAGGGAGCGUCACCCAUUUCUCCCCAGGGUCUGGUGCAGGUGUGCUCCUCAUGCUCCAAGGUCAUCCCCCAGCAGCAGAAAGAGUUGCUAGAAAGAAGUGAAAACAACAGGUCACCAGAGAAAGUAAAUGUGAUGGACGAUUGCACAGAGCAGCGUGGCGGAGGCGCUAGCGCUGUCCCGCUGGAGACCACGGAUGCUGAUCCUCAGUUAGAUGAGGCCACGUGCUAUCUGUGCCAUCAGAAUCACUCCCGCCAGACAAUGCAGUGGCUGGCCAUGGUCGCUGAGAGCGCCAAACAGGAUGGCAUGUAUUUCUCUUUCUUGAAGUAUUUGCCAAGGAUUGGCCAGAACAGUUUGGUGGAAAAUGGCAGAGUACUGGCGUGUUCGCUUUGCUACCAGCACCUCAGCACUCAGUGGACCGAGUACGAAAAAGACAAGGUCCUGGAAGAACAUCGGCAGUUUUCGUUGCGAGCCAUCCCCUCCAACUCCAUGUCGCCGCGCCUGACCCCGGGACCCACCCUCUCCUCCCCCGGUAUGUCGCCCGCUGAUGGCUCCCCGACCCACUCUUUCAGCUCGGCGGCGGAGGCUCACACCAAGUCUUCCACGGAUGUUAAGAAAAUCACAUCCGGAUACCUGGGCCAACCCCUCCACACCCUGGAGGUGGUUCCCGCCGAGCCAGACCCCAGCUCGCCCACCUUGUCCGUCAUCACCACGCAGCGAGCCCUCAACGUAGCUGUGAAUUGCUUCGUGUGCAGCUUCCAUUCAAAGCCAGGCCAGACCUUCACACUCCGCAAUAAGCCUCAUGGCUCGGAGCCUUUCUUCCCCUUUUUGGCCAAACACCAGUCUGCACAUCCCGAGGCCCGCGUGGACGACACGCGCGUCCUCUCCUGCCUCUGCUGCUUCCAUUCGCUCAUCCUUCAGUGGCAGCGCUACGAGAAGGAGAAAGUGGCCCACUACGCCAGGCUGUACGACACCUACAACUACAUGUGCUUUAUUUGUAGCCUCAAGACUUACCGGAAGAGACUCUACCUUCUCCCUGUUAAGGAUUACCCAUUCUUGAAGGAACACAACCGGCCUCCAGGCGGCAUGGUUGUGGACAAUGGUCACUCAGUGGUUGUAUGCAAAGAUUGCUACUCAUCACUAAAAAACCAGUAUGUAGAGUUGGAGAGAUGGGGAGUUCCAGUAGAGAAGAGGCAGUACAACUGGAUUCAACGUCCUCCACCCCCUGAAUUCCAACAUGGUACUUCUGCAAAGUCUAUCCAGGUGUUCACCACUGGCACUCAGCCCACUGUGGUAGAGCCAGGAUCUUCAAGCCCAGGCUCUCAGUUAGCAAACUCUCCAGGGGCUGUGCAACAACCAGGAGGUGGAGGUAGUCCAAGAGGAUCUCAUGGUCCUGUAUUGGGCUCAUCUAGUGUGGUGGUUGAUGGACCUGGGAUACAAGUACAUGCAUCAAAGCAGAGUGAAGAGCUUCUAUUACCUGCUAAUAGUGCCUUAUCAAAAGCAAAUGCCAGUACAAGUGUGUGUGCAGAUUCUUCUGAAACUUGCAUAGGAAAUAUCCCCUCCCGCUUUGCCCCCCUCCCUCUCAAAAUUGGUAUCGCCAGGCAGGGGGGCACACAGUCUAACACCAAGCACCAUUCAGUGGCUUCCAGUGAAGGUCUCAACUCUGGCGAUACCAAAGGACCAGGAAACUCAGAGCAAGAUGUCCUUGAAGUGGACCAAUUCUCCAAGAAUUCAAAUUCCUCAGGUGUCUCCAAACCAGGCAUCCAAGGAAAUGUCUCCUCAAACCGAGACACAGUCUACCGAAUAGAGGACCAUGAAAAACUGGUGCACAAGAAGAGGAGAUCUGUAAUCAGAGGCCUCAGCACUCCAGCAGUGGCAACAAGCAGUGCCAGCUCCCAGAUCCAGAGGUCAUCCUGCACACAGCAGCUCCUUUCAACCUCUCCAGAACUUCAGACCAAGUGCUCAUAGACAAGAUGAAGAUAUAAAAUUUCUUUAACAGUACCCUGUCAAAAUAAUUCAUGCUACUAUUGAUAUUUCAUAUUUGCUUUAAUUUGACAAUUAUGAGAAAAUAUACCUAAUUUGUGACUUAUGCAAAUUGAAGCUUUCUAUUGUAUCUUUAUAUACAUAACCUUGUUAUACACAGGGUUUGAGCUAAGCUCAUGUUGUCCAGUCUCCAUUGCUGUCUAUAACCACUCUAAUUUAUUGAUUAUGUAUGUUUCUUAUAUUUUCAUCACCAAUCUAUUCCAGAGUAGAUGCCUUUUCAACAUCAUGUGAGAGGAAAGUAUGCUCAAGCCUUCUCUUUUCACUUUUAUAUUUGUCACCUUAUUUUUCUUUUUGUGUAUGUAUGUAGACAGCUAUUGUAUGUUUAUCCAUUUGACAUGACAUAUGCUUUAGGGUUGGCCAGGCAACAUUUGGUAGCUAUGCUUUACAUCAUAAUUCUAUGUUUUUUUUCUUGUGAGGUGACGACUAAAGCCACAUAUGUAUUGUAACUCUGAUCAGAUUUUAAAUAUUAUAAGUUUUGAUAUUUCUUUCCUGAAUUACUGAAAUAAUAUCAGGCUACAAUUAUCAACAAUUUAGUAAUCUCACUGAUGCACGUUUAAGUAAUGAGUUUAUUUCUCAUUACAUGUUUCUAUUUAGAUAUCUUUCCCUCCCCAUUUCCUUAAAGUGAAUAUCUUGAUAGUCCACUCUUCAAUAUUGACUUUUUUUUUUUUUUUUUUUUUACUACCUCUAAAGAUUUCUUACAGCAAUUUACAUAUAUUAAUGUAUUAUUUCACAAUCUUAUUUUUUUUAAUUAAAUUUCUCAGAUCAUUCAACUCUUCACUUACAUAAAUAAUUAUUAAGACUAAUACUGGGGGGAAGAAAAUCCUUGGAGUACUUCAUUUCGUAGUUUCUUUGUGAGGAAAUCUCUUUGUUUAAAUCAAUUUAAUUUUCAUACCAUUUUUCCAUCUGCCUUUAACAUUUUCAUGUACUAUUCAAAAAUUAUUGUGAAUGGCUAUUCAUAAAAAGAUACGUUUUCCUAACUUAAGUAAAUACGUACUCAAUCAAACUUUGUUUUCUGAAUUAUUCUAGAUAUAAAAACUCUAGAUAAAACUUGAUGAUUCAUAUCUAAAACUAGUUAAUCUUUGUGUGACUUUUAGUAUUCUCAAUAUUUUCUAUUAUUAUUAUUAUUAUUAUUAUUAUUAUUAUUAUUAUUUAUUUAUUUUUUUACAAAACUUCCUCAUGGAUCUAGAGUUAAGGGUUUUAUCAUUUUCAUAUUGGUAAUAUUUGCUCUCUUUCAAUUCUCUAAAGUAAUUUUUUAUUAAAAAAGCAUAACAACAAUGUAUUAGUUUUGCAAAGUGUGAUAAUUUCAUAACUAACUUUGCCACAAUGACUUUCAUCUGAUUUAAGAAAUAUGGUGAUGAUCUUCAUUCCUGGUAUGCAUUAUUUUCUUUAUUUUCAAAGAAACAUUAAUAUUGAUUGUGAAAUAUCAUCUUACAAAAUGGAGACAGACAAGAAGCUUGAUACUACAAUCCAUGCAAGUUUAAAUGUAGAGCCUGGAAUCAGACACCCAAGGGUCAGUUACUUUGGGUGGUGUGUGUGUGUGUGUGUGUGUGUGUGUGUGUGUGUGUGUGUGUGUGUGUGUGUGUGUGUGUGUGUGUGUGUGUGUGUGUGUGUGUGUGUGUGUGUGUGUGUGUGUGUGUGUGUGUGUGUGUGUCUUUUUAUUAGAGAAAAGUUUCAUGAGAGGAAUAGCAAUGUUUUAUUAGGUAACAGCAUAAGAACUGUCUCCCUGUUUGCUGAUACAAUAUUCAUGUGCAGAAUGAAGUUAUAUUUUAUACUUCUGUUUGCUUAUAAAUCUGUUAAGAGUGAGACAAUACCACUUUUUUAUGAUAGACUUAAUCUGCUCUUAAAAUAUUUUUUAUCAGAGUGAUGCAGUUUAAAAGUCUGCACAUUUUCUUGCUUUUCAGGAUGAGAGUGAUAUCUGGCCAAAUAAUUGUCAUUUAGAUUCCUGGUCUUAUAUUGUUAUUUAGCAGUCAUUAUCAAAAUCUGUAAUCCUGGUUCAUCUUCAAGUAAACUACAAAUGUAAAAAUAUUGUUCGCUGCAAAACAGUCACAGCGCAUUAGAAAUAUUUCUUUACAGUCAUCCCUCGGCUAUCGCGACUUCCGCUAUUGCGUUUUAUUGCUAACACGGACCCAUGAAAAGCUGCUAAAAUUUCAUUAUCACGACCUCAGAUGCCUGCUAUCGCGCGCCCAGCCAUGACGUCAUGGGAUAUCUGAGCGCUUAUUGGCCAAAACCGCCUUCCCGCCAAGAUCAAUUCGGCUAUCGCGUUUCGGCUAUAGCGCAGCUAUUUCGGCCCCAGUUGACGCGAUAGCCAAGGGUUAAGUGUAUACACCAUUGGUAAAUUCUCCUACUGUAGAAGAUUCAACUGUUCUGCCGAAAUAAGUUCCUGUACUUGGUAACUCAAUGUAUGGGAUGUAUUUAAGUAUUGUAAACUCAAUCAUUGUUUAGUCUUGGGCAUGGAUGAUCUUGUUAGUAAUUUAUUUUAGUUUUUUAUUUUUUUUUUUUUCUUAGAGAGAGAGAGAGAGAGAGAGUUAUGUGAAUCUUAAUUACAAGAGACCAGGAAUUAUACCACACCAUAAAGGUGAUAAACAUGUAAUGUUUGAGAAGUAUUUUUAUUGUGUUAAUACAGUUGGCUAUUUCUGAAAUACUUUAAGUUGGAAAAAUUAUAUUAGCAGUUGUAAUUUACACACACACACACACACACACACACACACACACACACACACACACACACACACACACACACACACACACACACACACAGAGUUCACCCAGUAGCAAGUAAGCAUAGCAAUUAUAUUACUUGAAGAGUUGGGCUAUCAUGUGUGCAGUCCUACUCAAAGAUUGGUCAUUAUGAGGUCUGAGCUCUUUCCAUAAAGGAACAGCUGACUGUGUUGAGACCAGUAGAUGAAUAACACACACACACAUUUUAUUUUUUUAUUUUUUAUUUAUUUAUUUAUUUUAUUUAUUUAUUUAUUUUUUUUUUAUUAUUUUUUUUUUUUUUUUUUUUUUUUUUUUUUUUGUAGAUACAAAGAAUGGACACUAAUUUUAUAUAUUUAUUUAUUUUAUCUUAUAAUUCUUAAAUACACAAAAAUAUUAAAACAAUUGCCAUUAGGUCCAUAUUUUCUUUUGCAUGUAAAAAUACAUCUGUAUAUUAAAAGAGAUAGUUAGCCCAACCUAAAUAAACAAUAUCCUUUAUAUAAGCAGAUUAAGUGGAAUAGAACAAAAUGAGUGGGUGGAUGCACAUUCAGGAAGUCCAAUUCAAAUUGAAAAUUUAAGUGACUAAUGCGAUGGAAAUCGUACAGUUUUAUAACAAAUUAAUUCAUCUAGCAUUGUACAUAUAUCUAAUAGAACCUAAAAUAAAAGAUUUGGUAUAUAAUUUUGAAAGAUUGCACUUCAUACAAAUAUUCUUUCUCCACUUUCCCAUAGAGUUAGUAAUAUAAUUUUAUGGCACAUCACUUUGUUGUUAGAAUUAGUACUUGAAUAUCAGUGAAGCAAAAUCAUCAGCAUUUAUAAAGAUCCUCAAACCUCAAAUGCAGAUGAAUCUACCUAUCAAAACCCAUCAACUUAAUUGUAAUUAAGUUAAGUAACGAAGUUGGUAUGUGACCAAAAAACUUGCUUAAAAAAUGAAAAAUAAAAAAGCUCAGAAUAAUGAAAUUUAAGAAUUUCAAACAUAUCUUGAAUUAACAGUGGAAGUAAGCUUUCUAUGAAGAUCUCCCUGUGGGACCACACACUUCUAGUGUAACAUUUACCUUAAGCACACUGUUGCCAACAUAUUUAGUCCACUCAUAGUCACCUAAUGGAGGAUUGCAUAUUUUGUAUAUGUUAUUUUUUACUGUAUCACUUAUGCACCAUCAAUCAGAAGAAAAGUGUAAAUUAUUCAUAUUGCAAAAUAGGCAUACUGGGGCAGACUUAUUACACUGAUACUUGUAGAAUUAUGAAACUUAUGAGUCUCCCUGCAACUUAAGAGUCUCCCUGCAUCAAAAUAUCAUUUACUCAUUUUUUAACUAUUGUACCUAUGGUAUUCUUUUUUUUAUUCAUGUACUUCAGAACUUAUGAUGAUUUUACACAUUCAUUUUUUUAUUCAUGUACUUCAGAACUUAUGAUGAUUUUACACAUUCAUAAUAAGGAACAUCAGUCAUUUGCAAUCUUUUUUUAGGAAUAACUUUUUAAAAGGAAGAAAAAUUAAAGUUGCGCCGCCCAUGCCCUCUCUUCCCCAUUUUCCCUCCACAAAAUUUAUUACAAGUUCUCAACAUAUUUAAUAUGUUUCUUUCUUUCUGUAUGUCUGUGGAAUAGCAAGGAGUGGGAGAAAGCCCCCCAGUCUAGCAACUUGUGUGUAGCCUGGAGGUACAUUCAUCAUCAUCCCUAAGGCUGAAAGUUGGAGAGAAAGGAUGAUAGAUAUUGUAGCACAAGUGCCAUAUAUAGAAGGUAUGGUAAAGUUUGGGGAAGAUUUUAGCAGAGUUCAUUGCAGAUACAAGUGAUUUUGAAAGUAGUAUGACAUGUAUCAUUGCAGUAGUGAUAUGGAAUAUUUAAAGGUGAAACAGCAACUGGUCCAGAAGUGAAGUAGACUUCUUUCACAGGAAGAUGAGAGUUUUUGCAUCAAGAGAUAUGUAGGAACAGAUAUAACAGGGAUCAUAUAAAAAAUAUUAAUGUUUGACACAAUCAGUGUAGAGUCAAGAAAGUAGUUGUAACUGAGAAGAUCUAUGCAUUGGCAAUCUUGGAAUCUGUUUUGAUGGUCAAGUGCAAUAUAUAUAUAUAUAUAUAUAUAUAUAUAUAUAUAUAUAUAUAUAGAGAGAGAGAGAGAGAGAGAGAGAGAGAGAGAGAGAGAGAGAGAGAGAGAGAGAGAGAGAAACUGCCUCCUUCUCUUGCUUUCCUCUCCUUUUGUUUUUCACUACUCCUCCAUCAUCUUAUUUAAAGUAUAGCAGUGAUGAAAUUCCUUAAUUUUGUUGGACUUUUCAUGUUAGCACAUGUUGUCAUGAUCUUUGCUGUAAGAGAAGAAUGCAAAUAGUUUGAAGUGCAAUUUAAUGUGGAAACAUUCUUCUUUUUGUUGUCCUUCCUUUGACAGAAUGUAACUUUGGAUUGUUAAAGUCCACAAGGGAGGCAUUAGCUCAAAGCAACACUAGUGUGGAAGCUAUUCCACAAAGAUUGAUACACAUGUACACAGGUGCACAUGCAGAAGUAACCACCUAACAAGUUUGAAUACUUUCAGAGACGUAAAAAUCUGUGGUACAUAUCUGUAAACCAAAUAUUAUUCACUUGGAACUCAGAAAACUUGUAAAAAUUGUUUAUGAAAAAAAUUUAAUUUCAAUACUUAUAAAAGAUAUUUACUAGCUAUUGAGUUACUCACCAAUAGCCGAGUUGAUGGAAAGCUUACAGUCAGCGAAUCCCAAUUUUAUGUCACAGCGGCACAAAUUAGUCAGAAAGUAUGUUUUAUUCAAGACCUUCCAACAGGCAUAAUAGCUGCAGCAAAUUGACAUCAGAAAUGCACAUCUCACUCAUGCCAAUAACAAUAAUAACAUGUAUUGUGUAAGUUACCAGUAUACUCGCUGUGUUUUUUGGUGACACGUGAUUGGCUCUACUCUUGAGGUGAAACAUAUUAUGCUAUGUUCAUGCUGUGGUGUUUGUACUAAUGAUUGCAAGAAAGAUAAGUCAUGGUAAAACCAUUCAAUUAUAGAUUUCCACAUGUUGGGGUUGAAUGGUGCUGAUAUGGUAAAAUAUAUGAAUUCAAAAUACAAAACUUGCAGACCUCAUAUGAUAAUUCAUCGAGGGAGGCAGUGAGGAAUUGUCUUUUAUGAACAUGGUUGUGGGAUCCUUUUAUCGUUACCCCAUGGCUUCUAGCUUCUCUGUGAAGACAGCGAGGCAGCUGAAGGGAAGCAGUGGAGAUGCUACCACUGUGCCUGUGUAAAGACAAUUCCUUACUUCACUUUGCUGACUGUAUAUUCACAUGUAUUGGUCUUAUAAAUAAUGAAAUUACUAAUUCAUCUUAAAUAAAAUUAAAUUUAUGAAAUGGAAAUUUUUAUAAAAAAUGUUUUGCUAAAUCAACAUUGUCAUUUUAUAAAUGAGAAAAAAAGUUGUAAUACUAUUCUAUUGUUAUUUUCAAUUUCUCAUGUAAGGAUUCUAUUUAAUGUUCUAUAUAGAAUUCAUAAAAUUUAUUGUUAAUUCAAUUCAACUUGGCAAAUUUUUCAAAAAUUUAAAAAAGGAUAACUUGGUUAAAUAUAAAUAUACACACACACACACACACACACACACACACACACACACACACACACACACACACACACACACACACACACACACACACA